GAUUGUCACGGCCGGAGGCUGUCACGGCCGGAGGCCGUCGACAAACUAUUCGACAUUCUGCGUCGAAGCGGGGUGAUGGAGGCCUUCGAGUGCGCUAUACAGGAACUCGUAUGGCCUGAAGACGAGGCGGCCGACCCGAUCACGGCCAUGAUCCGGAGCCUCGGAGGUUACGAAAGUGAAUACGUAGCCGUGCUACGUGCCGAACUUCAGAUAGAGAGGGAGAGGAACAGGGCCCUCCGGGCCACGGUAAGUACGAACACGGGCGGGCCGACACGACGCAAAAGGUUGCGUACGAGUUCGGUGGCACAAUCCAAACAGUGCUUAAUUCGGUUAUUUUUUUCCGACAGGUGGACGACUACCGAAAGAAGUAUGAAUUGCCGAGUACGUCCGGGCCCGUUGUAGUAAAUUUGUCGUCGGACGAAUCCGACGAAUUUCGUGAGAAUCCGGCGAACAAGAGGUACGAGCAAGAACGCUACAAACCGGUAGAAAUGCACGAGUUUCGUUUCGAGCCGGAACUUAUUAUUCACGAACCGUUUCGUUCUUUUCAGGAGUAAUACACCGGAAGAGGCCGCGGGAGGCAGCCGAAAACGAUGUAAAAGUUUUCCCUGAUAAUAAACUGAUUUAAGCAAGCUCUUGUGUCCGAAUACAGCUUUUUAUUACGCACGUUUAUCCGAUUACGGGGGUUCGGCGAAUUCGCAGUAAUUCGAACGGGUCUGUUUUCCGCAGUGCGCAGUAGUAGUUCGCGCGAAAACCGAUCGGCGUCGCGACGAUGACUGUUCGUUCUCCCGACCGAACGAAUAACAGGACAAAAAAGUUAACGUACAGCGUAGCUAUGUAUUUAAAUCGGAUUUGCUUUACCGCCGGUAACUGUUUUUUAAAAACGAGAUUUAAAGAAACAUUCGUAAUUAGUUGUAUCGUGUCUUCGAAAGUUGCGCUCGCCGCGUGAAACUCGCGACAUUGAACGACUUUUAUAUAAUACCGUAUCGAUGUUAGUUCGUCGUCGAUGUAAUCGAGUUAAACGUUACAAUUGUUUAAAAGUGCGUCAUUUCUUUUUCUGUAUUGCAAUGAUUAGUAGCUUAAUUGCAUGUAGAAAAACCAACGGUGUAAAUGGAAAGUAGCGUAAUUUGCCGCUUGUCUCUCGGAACAGACAGUUCCUGUUAAUCCAUCGAAAACGUUAUUUUCGUUAGGUGUUAGUUUCGACUCGCGCCAACGUAAGUAACGAUUAAAUGAGUGUUUCGGUCGAAACGCAACGAACGAACUAGUCGGAAUGGCGGCGGACAGGCGACCGCUGCAUUCGGACCUGAAGCCGGAAAAUUCGACAUUUCGUUCGACGUUUAAUGAAAUAACGAACGAAAAACACAUAGCUGUUUUAAAACAAUCGACGUCCCCUACUUCAAUAACGUAUCUAACAUCGUUUGUUUAUUGGCGAGUGGGAAAGAUAUUGCAACGAAAUAUGUCGACUGGAUUGACAUUUCUGCC